UAGUAAGAAGUUGGAUAUAUAGUAGAUUCUAGUCAAUAUAAAUUUAAUUUUAAUGAAAUCAUGGAUACUAAUCAAUCUACUAAGUUAAUUUUAUAAAUAUUUGUGAAGAUAAGACCCUUAUAAAUCUUGAUAAUGUCUCAUAUUUAUAUAUAGUUAUAAACUAUAUACAUGUUCAUCUAGUGAAACAUAUCCAACCUGUAACAUUCAAUUAUAUUUAUUUGGAAAGAUAUAUAUGUUUUUAUCUUAAAUCUUUCAUUUAUAUUUAUCUUCUUAUCCUCAUCCUAAAUGUUUCCUUUUGUUUAAAAUCAAUUUUUUUAAUUUUUCCAUUUUACAAAUUGUUUUGUCAUUUCCUUUCUUACAAAUUUAAUAAUAUCUUUUUGUGUUGUAGUUUAUGAUAUAUAUAAAUAGACCUGCUUUGACGUACGAUUGGGUUCAGUAAUCCAUACUUAUCUCCAUAAUCCCUUCUCUUCAUAGUUUCAACUCUCAACUAAUCUGACAUCGAUCAUCCCUUUUCACAUUAAUAAAAAAAUACAGAGAAACUGGUGGAGAUAAAAACUAUGGAAAACGAGAGAGGGAAGUUGAUUUACCUGGCUACGCUUGCUUACCUAGCUAAAAGAUAUGACGAUAUGACGAAAUCGAUGAGAAAAGUAUGCGAGUAUGAAAUAGAGCUAACUGACGUAGAGAGAGAACUACUAGCAAUUGGCUACAAAAAUGUGAUGACGACUAAGAGAGCAUCAUUGAGAGCAUUAUCUUCCAUUGGAGAAAAGGAAGACUCCAAAGGAAACAAGCAAAACGUGAAAUUGAUUAAUAAAAAACUAGAGAUAGUUAAACAUGAGUUUUUCAGUGUUUGUAAUGACAUUUUGUCUCUCAUUGAUUCUCAUCUCAUUCCAUCAACUACCAAUGUUGAGUCAACCGUUUAUUACUACGCAAUGAAAGCAAAUUAUUUUCGAUAUAUGGCAGAGUUUGGUUCUGAUGCUGAACGUCAAGGAGCUGCAGAUAAUUCUCUCGAGGCAUAUAAGAUUGCAAUGGAAAUGGCAGAGGGGGGUUUAUCACCAACGAAUUUGGUUAGACUUGGCUUGGCUUUGAACUUCUCGAUUUUCAACUAUGUGAUCCUUAAAUCUACUGAAAGUGCGUGUAAGUUGGCUAAAAAGGCUUACGACGAAGCAAUCUCUGAACUUGACGGUGCUGACAAACAGUCGUACGAAGAUACCACGUUUAUAGUAGAUAUACUUCGAGAUAAUCUUUCCGUGUGGACAGGAGGUAGUAACAUAGAGAUAACAGAGUUUUUUUUAUGGCCUAGUGGGUUAGCUUUCCUAUUGAUAUACUAUUGAUACUAAUCAAUAUAGUGAAUUUUUACAGAAGUGAACACUGAUACCCCGCAAAACAAGGAAUAGAUCGUGUUUUUGAGACGACGAGGGUAAGCGGUUGGCCGUGGAACUAUAUCUCCUAUAAAAUCUAAUAUUGACUGAUAAUAAAAUAGCUCUGGCUAAAGGCUUUUGUUAUGGUUUUAGUUGGGUUCAAAAUGUGUAAUACUAAUUAAAUCCAUUUCUCUCCUCAUUUAAAAGAUGUUAAACUAAUAAUGCAUUGUUUUUUUUUUUUUUUUUGAAACACAUACUUAUAUUAAAUAGGCCAACCAGAUUAGGUGAGUGCCAUAACUACAACUGCAUCAGACAAGGCUGAUUUUGCAAGGUUAUCAGCAGCGACAUUUCGCAAAGGAGGAAUCCAUCGGAAGAAAAUAAAAUCAAAGGAAGCUAAACAAGAGUGGAUGUCAGCCACAAUGCUAUAAAGCUCUGAAAUUGGUGAAACAGAGUUCACCGCUUGGACCAGUUGAAGUGAAUCCGAUUCACAGCAAAUGUUAGAAAUCUCCAUUCUCUUGCAUUGGAGGAUAGCCUCACGGAGCGCUAAACCUUCUGCAGAGAGAGGGGAUCUGACGGAAGACUCCGUUGCAGAGGAAGAGAUAGUCCUGUUGAGAUAAGAAAUAGUCCAGCCGAGUCCAGCUGUCUUCAUGUCUUCUUUCCAGGCUGCAUCAGAUCGGAUAAUUGCACAAUUCAUGGGUAGUUUUGGACUUGGUUUUGAGAAUUUGGGCAGAGCUUUUGUUUUCCUUUGGCAUGCUUCCCAUUCCUUAGCGGCCCCAAUGGCUCUGGUACCUGUAUCUAUUGCAGAGAUUUCUCUGUUUUCAAAGCAGAGGAUGUUCCUGGAAAUCCAAAGCUGCCAUAAAAUCCAAGGUGCUAAACAUCCUGUCGAAAUACCAAUUGGUGGGAGACAGGUUCUAGCGUAAUAAUGCAUUGUUUAUUUAAUAUAUUUCUUUGAGAAAAAGAAAUUCUGAUAAAGGAGAGUCUUUGAUAAACAAUA